GAGCAAACAUCACUCCUUUACGUGCUGCAGUAGCUUCGUGUACCAACAGUAUAGGAGAUCCCUUGAGGGGCACGCCGAAAUUAUUCUUUUCCCCAAAAAGGAUGCCCCAUUUUUGCGUGUAGAGAUUAACAUCAUGAGAGGUGUAUAUGCAAUAUGACGAACUGUGGAGCAGCGCUCUUUUCACUGUGAACGCAUUUUAAAGGGCAGGUGGAGAGCUACAUUAUAUAUGUAUGUAACCCAUUCUUGAAUGGAAGGAGAAAAGGAUUAGCGUGCUUCUCACCCCCUUCCCCUACAUGACAUGAUAAUAAAAGUACAUCAUAUAAAUAAACGUUCAUAUGUGCGAAGCAACCACGUGAGGAUGUUUCGCGAAACGAAGAAGGAAAAAUCUAUUUGCAAAUUUGCUCACAUUCACCCGCGUCAAAAGUAGAGUGGUAAUAUGGCCCAAAACCCAUGGUAUGUUCAAAAGUCGAAGGCACUGAGAACGAGCAAAUUGGGGAAGAUUAUUAACAAGUUCAAUGAAGAGUACGACCACUUGAUGUAUAUGUCCAAAUUUAUGAACAUAAAAAACACGCUGGAGAGAAUUUACCAUAAUUCAGAACUGAUAAUUAACAAAAAAACGUUCAAUAUAGUUCGGAUAAGCUGUGUCGCCCAAUUGCAACCGAGGUUCUUGAACAAUGUGAAGGACGGGUUGAGCGUCUACCUUUCCAACUUUAUGCUCAAGGCCAAUCACGAUGUGGAAGGAUUCACGAUAUGCUUCAACAGCAUCAAGCUGAAGGAGAGGGAGCCCAAAGUUAUUAAUGGCGACUCGUCCGUGAUGUUCUUGAAGAUAACCUUCAAUCUUCUGCUUCUGGUGCUGAAGGAGGACUACCGGAUAAAGGUCCAAAUUAACAAAAUAGAACCCCUAAAGAUUCACCUGGACGUUUUUGGGAUCAUUGAAGCUACCUUCGCGGAGGAACUGUUUAAGAAAUUCUCCUACAAUUCCAGAAAUAACACCUUCAUAAAGGACAACAAGACUUAUUCCCUCAACGAUAUUAUUAACUUCACGAUAAAGAACGUUACCUACUCGUCGUGCGGCUCGAAUGUGAAGCUCAUCGGGUGCAUUUAG